AUGAUUGACACUGAUGUCGACUGUCUAAUAGAGACCUUGAAGCACCUCAUCAACUUCAAUCAUCCAUCACAAAUUUGCAAAACCCCAUGGAUUGAUCAACUUCAGUUGCUACACAAGGGGUUAACGUCAUUAAGAACCUUCCUCACUCGUUCAGAGGACACUCGAUAUACUGUUGAGAAAGUGAAAGCUUUGGUGUUAAGGAUCAUAGAUGUAGCAAUUGAGGUAGAACAUAUGGUUGAUUCUUUCGUUGCUAGUUUUGACAAUGAUUGCUUUUUAGAGCUUGACAAUGUCGUGCGACAGAUGGAAACCAUCAAAAGAGAUGUAUCAGGAUUCGACGAUCAUAAGAUUCAGGAUCUGCAACAUGAAAGAAGUUCAUCAAGAGUGAAUCCCGCAAUACCUAAAGAAGAUAAUAUUAUUGGGUUCGAUGUAGAGGCAAGAGAAAUACUGGAUAGACUUGUUGGAAACCGGAAGCAACUAGAUGUGAUCUCCAUUGUUGGGAUGGGAGGCCUUGGGAAGACUACUCUGGCCAAGAGAGCUUAUAAUGAUCCUUAUGUAGCAUACCACUUCUACGAUCAUGUGUGGAUCACGGUUUCUCAGACAUAUCAGAAGAACGAUUUGUUGCUUCGUAUUUGCUCUUCACUUUCGCUCACAAUCACGAAUGAAGCCGCCAUGAACACUGGAAAGCUGCGUGAAAUGGUUUACAAACGGUUAAAGGGUAAGCGUUAUCUUAUUGUCAUAGAUGAUAUAUGGGGUGUAGAGGCCUGGGAUGAUAUAAAGAUUUGUUUCUCUAACGACAACAAUGGAAGCAGAAUUUUAGUAACUAGUCGACUCGUGGAGGUGGCCUUACACAUCAAACCAGAUAGCUCUCCUCAUUUGUUGCGUUUCUUAACCGUGGAGGAAAGUUGGGAUCUACUGCAACAGAAAGUGUUUCCAGAAGAUGGUUCUUGCCCCAAAUCUUUGAAGAAAACCGGGAAGCAGAUUGCUGAAAGAUGUCGAGGGCUGCCACUGGCAAUUCUCGUGAUAUCUGGGCUUCUUGCGAAAACAGAGAAAACGGUUGAAUGGUGGACUCGAGUUUUAGAUGGUAUAGGCUCGUACCUCGUUGGUGAUCCAGAACAAGACAUGAACACAUUAGCUUUGAGUUACAAUCACCUGCCACAACACUUGAAAUCAUGCUUUCUCUACUUUGGAGCAUUCCCGGAAGACUUUGAGAUUGAUGUUCGGAAGCUGCUAUGGUUGUGGGUUGGUGAGGGUUUUAUAGAACCUGCUACAGAAAACAUAGCAGAAGAGUACUUGAUUAAUCUUGUUGAGAGAAGUUUAGUGAUCGUUGAGCGAAAAAGGUUGGACGGGGGGAUAAAAGUGUGUCGUGUUCAUGAUCUUUUGCACGAUUUAUGUUUCAAUAAAGCCAAAGAAGAGAACUUUCUGCACAAGAUUAAGCCAUUAGAAGAGCAACUUUCUUCACCUAACACAAGCGGUUUCAGAGCAACUGAUCGCCGCCUAUUCAUCCAUUCAUACGUGCCUGACUAUGUUAUCUCCAAACCAUCUUCCUCAAAUACCCGCUCUUUCUUGUUGACGUCGAAUUAUAUCUCUGGCUUAAGCAACGAAAGUAUUUUUUUUCUUUACAGCGCCUUCAAACACCUUCGGGUGUUCGAAUUUGGUGGAGUCUUUACUCCAUUCUUGCCAAGUGAAAUAGAAUCUGCAAACACUUGUUAUUCGUGGAAAAACCUUUCCGAUUGA